UAACGCUCUCUAUAACGGUUGCGCAGAAUGGCCGAGUUAUUUUUAAAAUAUUUAUUUUUGAAAUCAUUGGUCAAAAAAUGGCCACUUUUUGGACCAACUCAAAAAAAAUCGAGAAAAUCGCUGUUGUAGCCUUUCUGAAUUUGUAGACAUGGAAUGAGAACAUGAGAAAAUGUACACCCGCGCACACUAAAAUAAUAAUCAUUCCUCUUGCCAUACGUUGAAUACCAAAAAAUAAUCAAUCAUUAAAAAAUGAAUUUUGAAAGGACCCCACCCCCUGCAGGCAGUGCUUUCCGGUUCGAAAAAAUAGAAGGAGGAAUAUGGUUUGGACUUGAGGAUUCAGUAGUUUCAAAAGAUUAUUGUCAAUAUGGCAUGGAGUGGACCGACAACAAUAAAAUCCUCACUGAUGAUAGGUCAAUUGCAUUCACAACAGGAGAUAUGCACAAAGCAGCCUCAGCUGUUCAAUCGAAUUCGACAAAAGAAUCGUCCCCCGAGUCGAGGGAAUUAUGCAAUGGGUGCAGUCUUCGUGACUUGUUUUUACUACUCUGGACAAUGAGACCCUUUCAUCUCUAUAUUUAUACGUCGUCCUUCCAGGAAGCUUGUUGGGUGAAGUUUGCCCUAAAGGACUUGUUUGACGCAUUUGGGGUCAUCAUGCCUAGUGAAUGUUUGAAGCUCAUUCUCCCUCAUGCCGAUCAAUUGUUGGAACAUUUAUCAAAUGUACCGGAACUGGCUAAUUUAAUGCCUGAAGCAACUCGCCGUCUGAAGGGGAAACCAAUGUCCCAAUUACUGAGGCGAAAAUUCUUUCGUGAAUUAGUCACCAAAUACUCAAUGUUGGCGGAAGAAGAGAAUAUUUCUGAACCAGUGAAUGAACGGUCGGUCAUGAUGGAAAUCAGUGAACAGAAAGUUUACACCAGAGUCGGAAAAGGACAUUUGGCCCCCACAACAGUAAAUAAUGAAAUAUCAGACUGGCUCAUUCAGAAAUACGAGCACGUUGACGACGAAGAGAAAUGGAUUGGAAAAUCAGUUGUCCAUCAAGAAUAUGUGAAUCAUUUUCCACAUCCGGAUCCAGAUAAAAUAUUGGUUUAUAAUCGUUUCGGCGCCCUUUUCAUGUCCAAUUUUCCUCUCACAAAAACCAGAUACAUUGGCACCUCUCCAAACUGUUUCAACGUAUAUGCCAACAUUCAACGCAAGAUUCCCGACGCCACAUCUCAAGAGAACAUGACAAUGGGUACUAUAGUUAAAAAGAAAGACAAAAUUGAAAAAAAAGUGAACCCGUAGAAAUUCAUGUCAUGGUCUCAUUUGAAAUACUUAAUUCUAUUGUUGAAGUAGGAAAGAAUGUGAUACAAAAAAUCUCAGAUAAUUGCGACGUCAAGAUUACGAUCCCGAAAUCCAAACAGAAAUGUAACCGUGUUCAGAUUGAAGGAGAUAAGGUCUUGGUUGAAAAGGCAAAAAAAUUGUUCUUAGAUUUAGUCAAGAUUGUUGAGUAACUUAAUAUGUAGUGACAAUCUAUAAAGUUCUUGUGAAUUAUAAUUUUACGCUUCUUCCAAAGGAUUCAAUAAAUCUUUUGUUUUGUAUUGAUAAAA